AUGCCAUUUAAGGGUGGUAAAAGUACACCAGACUUAGGAAAUUCGCGAAAAUGCGCCAUUGCAACAUUUUUGCAGCUUGAAAAUCGAUUCAAAAAAAAUCCUAAGCUGGCAGAGGAAUACAAAAAAUUUAUUCAUGAGUACAUUAACCUCGGUCACAUGGAAAAAUCGGUUUACGAUCCAAAUAUCACGGCAUAUUAUUUACCACAUCAUUGUGUGAUUCGCGAUAGCACCACAACUGCGCUUCGAGUGGUAUUCAACGGAUUGCAAAAAAGUGACAAUGGCAAAUCACUCAAUGACGAGCUUGCAUUGGGUGCCAUAGAACAAAAAGAUAUGAUAAGCAUUCUCAUCAAUUUUCGCAUAUAUAAAUACGCAUUUACAGCUGACAUCGAGAAGAUGUAUCGGCAAAUUUUAAUCGACGAAAGUCAAAAAGACUUACAAAAAAUCAUUUGGCGUGAUUCUCCUGAAUUGCCACUCUCUAAAUAUCGACUACUCACGAUCACAUACUGA